AUGCUUUUCUCACUAAACACUACAUACAAAAUGUCGGAUAAAACGUCGUCGUCUCUCGGUCCUAGAAGUAUAGAGACGAUUUCGGAGGAGGAAGGUGAGUCGCCGUGGGAGAGAUUACUGGAAGAUGUUAAGGCUGUUCCAACUAUUAUAAAAACUAAUGCGUCGAGUACAACUAUUUGUAAGAGCGGUGACGAGGUGGUCAUACCAUCGGUUGCCGAUCUAGAAGCCAACAAACUGACGCGCUCCAGGAGCCUCAAUCAAAGAAGAAACAGCAGUGGCCUUCUCAGUACCAUCCCUAGACAACUUCGACUUUCUCUUCGAGGCGUGCGUAGUGAACCUUCAAGUGUCAAAGAUGUACCAACAACUAGAAACGAUAGUGCUCUAAACCUUUUUCUUCGAUACCGUCAAGCCCGCUAUGCAGCAAGACGUGUCCGUAAGCGCGUCAUCUUCAAACACGGAGACUGCAACGUUGUCCAAUGGAACGUCGCCAAGCGCAGACGCCGGUACCUUCAGGACAUAUUCACAACCCUCGUUGACGCACAAUGGCGCUGGACGCUGCUGGUGUUCGCUCUCUCCUUCAUACUAUCUUGGCUGCUGUUCGCGCUUAUCUGGUGGCUGAUCAUCUUCACCCACGGGGAUCUCACUCCCCCGACUAAUAGCAACGAGACCUUCACACCUUGCCUUAACAAUGUUAACUCCUUCACCGGUUGCUUCCUCUUCUCUGUUGAAACCCAACACACUAUUGGAUACGGAUCAAGAACCACUAAUGAGGAAUGCCCGGAGGCUAUUUUCGUUAUGUGUAUCCAGAGUAUUGUUGGAGUAUUUAUUCAAGCUUUCAUGGUAGGAAUCGUGUUCGCAAAAUUAUCUAGACCAAAAAAACGAGCCCAGACCCUGCUGUACUCUCGUAACGCGGUCAUAUGCCUCCGAGAUGGCCAACUUUGUCUCAUGUUCCGUGUUGGUGAUAUGAGGAAAUCUCAUAUAGUUGAAGCACAUAUUAGAGCGCAAUUAAUUCGCCGCAAGGUGGGUCUAAUAUUCGCAAAGCUGGCUCGGGCCAAAAAACGUAACACAACGCUCCUGUUCUCGAGGAACGCGGUGAUAUGUCUCCGAGAUGGAGAAUAUUGCCUCCUGUUCCGUGUCGGGGAUAUAAGAAAGUCACAUAUUCUGGAAGCACACGUUCGUGCACAGCUUAUUAGAAAGAAGACAACAAGAGAAGGAGAGCUGCUGCCUUUUUAUCAGCAAGAGUUGAAGGUUGGGGCUGACGGUGAAGAAGAUAGGCUUAUGUUCAUCUGGCCUAUGACCAUAGUGCACAAAAUCAAUGAGCGUUCACCGCUAUACAACUUGUCAGCGUCUGACAUGUUGAGGGAGAAAUUUGAGAUCGUUGUUAUGUUGGAGGGUGUCAUAGAGUCGACUGGUAUGACAACUCAAGCUAGAAGCAGCUAUUUACCAUCUGAAAUCCUAUGGGGUCAUCGAUUUGAGACUAUGGUGUCGUUUAGGAAGGAAACCGGGGAGUAUGAGGUCGACUACACUCGUUUCAACAACACUUACGAAGUCGACACUCCGCUAUGUUCUUCUAAACAGUUGGACGAAUUGCGAGCUACGGUAUCAACUUCACAGAAAUUAGAUCGUUUAUUAGGAACAAUACCAAAAACAUUCUCCAACGACACCUUAGACAUGAGUUCAGUGGAUUCGAUGUCUUUGGACGAACACAUAGAGAUAAAAAUACCAGAGGCCAGAGCGAGAGAGAAUCGUUUGAUGGCACAGAACAAUUUUAUACCGCAUAUAAAUGAAAAAUCAAGAAACAUUAGUCACACGCAUCUAGCCGUUGAAAAUGAAAUUCCAAAGAACCAUUCUAUUAUAUGUAUGAAUAAUAUGAGAGAUAAAGACCAUAUUAACAGAAGUCAGAGUCAUUCUAAUAUGAAGAAGAUUCACGCGACAACUAACGGCAUCGCACCUAUGAUGAACGGACAUGAUAAAGUUGAAGCCAAAAUUAAAAAAUCCCCCAGCGACCACAAUAUAGAUAAAGUUCCAGUGAUACCCAUCCUAGUAACGUCCGCGGACAGUGAAGCUUGA